AUGCGGCUGAUCAGCGCCGGGGUGGUGGACAUGGGCGUCGGGCUGCCCGCCCUGAAAAGAAAACCCAAAAAACCGCGAAUCAUGGAAAUGAACGCCGAGCUGAACACGACUACAGACUACAACAAUGACGUCGUACUGGAUAGUUUUCCGCCCUCCACCUCCAACCAGCCAGACGGAUCGAUAAGUGAGGGAGAAGCCGCGCCACCGCCCCCUCCACUCCGCUCAAUCCACCCGCUCGCCAUACCGAAUUCCCGACGGAAA